AUGUCCCUCGAAGCGAUUGGCGCUCCGGCGUCUGAGCCUACGAUUUUCAUGGAUGUUAAUCCGCCCGUCGUUGUCGUUGCCGUUGCCGACAGCUCAAAGCCCCUUGGUUUAAACUCGCCUCCCGACAGCAACAAUGCCAUGACUCUCGACGGUAGCGACUCGGAGCUCAGCGAUAUUGACGAGGUUGCCGACAAGCUUGACGGCAAACUUGAACUCAACGACGCGAUCCAAGACGAAAUCAGACUGGAGACGGAGCCUGCUCCUGCUCCUGCAAACGAAACACAACAAAAUGAACCGGAGGCACAACCAGGACCAGCGGUUGAGGAGGCGGAAGAUAUUGGCGAGGUCCUUCCCGACCACUGGUCCGGUACUGUUCCGGUGUUUAAGCCAACAAUGAGGCAAUUCCAGGACUUCAAAGUCUUCUACGGCAUGAAGUCUGGAAUCAUUAAAAUCAUUCCGCCCCAAGAAUGGAAGGAUUCGUUACCUCCAUAUGACGACAUGGUGAAGCAGGUCAAGGUGCGCGAACCGAUCAAGCAAGAGAUCAUGGGAUCCAAUGGCACGUAUAGACAGGUCAACAUCCUUCACCAGCGAUCCUACAAUCUGCCGCAAUGGAGACAGCUCUGCGAACAGAGCGAACACCAACCUCCUGCCAGACGAGGCGAGCGCCGUGCCAAUGCCGAAAAGAAGCCAUCCACCCGAUCACGCGCCGCUGCCAACUCUGGCGCCCCCAGGCCGGCUGCCGCUCCAGCCAAAAAGCGUGGCAGAGGAGGUAGAGCAACACGCGCUUCGGCCAGGACGGCGAAGAAUGAGCCAGCCGAGGAGGAGGAGCGGCCAAUGACACCUGUGUCUCCGGUGCCCGAGAAGGAAGAAGUCGUGGACUCUGUCGAGCAGGACCCCGGUGUCAAAGAGGAGGAACAGUGUGACGAAGAUGAUGGCGCGCCAGCACCGCGUCGGAUGGGUUUCUCCAGACAAGGGAAGCCCAAGAUGCAAUCCGUGUCUGCCCGACGGAAAUACGUUCGCCGUGAAGGUUCUGCCAUGAUUGACGAGGCCGCGUUCAAGGACUGGGAUUAUCGGAUGGACGUGUCCGACUUCACCCCGGAGCGCUGUGAGGAGUUGGAAAGGAUUUACUGGAAGACGCUCACAUAUGCCUCGCCACUGUACGGCGCUGACCUUCUCGGUACACUGUUCAGUGAGGAUGUCAAGCUUUGGAACCUGAACAAGCUGCCGAAUCUGUUGGAUGUUCUGGGUACCAAGGUUCCCGGUGUCAACACUGCUUAUCUCUAUCUCGGCAUGUGGAAGGCAACGUUUGCAUGGCAUUUGGAGGACGUGGAUCUCUACAGCAUCAACUACCUGCAUUUCGGCGCACCAAAACAAUGGUACAGUAUCUCUCAAGCCGACGCGCGACGAUUCGAGGCGGCCAUGAAGAAUAUUUGGCCAACGGAGGCCAAAUCUUGUGACCAAUUCCUCAGGCACAAGGGCUUCCUGAUCUCGCCUGCUCAUCUCAAGCAACACUACAACAUUACCGUCAACAAGUGCGUUUCGUACCCUGGCGAGUUCGUGGUGACGUAUCCCUAUGGUUAUCAUUCUGGCUAUAACCUCGGUUACAAUUGCGCUGAGGCCGUCAACUUUGCCUUGGACAGCUGGCUGCCAAUGGGCAAGAUUGCCAAAAGAUGCCAGUGUGCUCAGGCACAGGACAGCGUAUGGGUAGAUGUUUACGAGAUCGAGAGGAAGCUCCGUGGCGAGGAAACCGAGUAUGAGGAGACAGAAGAUGAGGACGAGGAUGAGGACGACGACGACGGUGAUAUCGAACUGAAUGGCGGGCUUCCGAGUCCCCCUCACAGCCAUGGUGUCCGGGUUAGAGCUCCGGGCAGAAAGCGUAAGAGGGGAGCAAACGACAAAGAUGGAUCGGAGAGAAGAGCCAAGAAGGUUCGCGUGCGUGUCAAGCCCCAUAUCGAACCCCCGUGCUGCCUCUGUCCCAACGACAUCCCCGGGGCCGAAAUCAUGUCGACGGACGAUGGUCGCAAAGCGCAUCGCAUGUGCGCUCUCUACCUUCCCGAGACUUAUAUCGAGGAAGUCGAUGGACAAGAAAUCAUUGCCAAUAUUGGAGGUAUCAACAAGGACCGCCUGGAGCUCAAGUGCUUGUAUUGCCGUUCCAAGAAGGGCGCGUGCUUCCAGUGUUCUCAGAAGAAAUGCCACAGGUCGUAUCACGCGACUUGCGCGGCAGCUGCGGGAGUGUUUGUGGAGGAGUCCGAAGUGCCGGUGUUUGGUGAGGAUGGGACUGAGUACAAAGAACAGGCGUUCGAGUUCAGCUGCCGUUUCCACCGGACCAAGCGAGACAGAAAGGCUCAGGGCGGUGUCUUGGAGGACGACCCGAGAGUGCGGGAGGUGGCAGCUGCACUCAAGCAGAACGACAUAUGCCAGCUGCAGUACUUCCGAGGCGAGAUCUUUGCUGGUGUGGUGGUGGAGAACCGUGCGGAUGAAGAGAUGCUUCUUCUUGAUGUCAUUCCGAAUGGGUAUGUCAGCCACAGUGUGAGGCUUGGGAGGACUAAACUAACAUUUAGCAGCGAUCGAGUUGAGGUUGAAUGGAAGUGGCUGCUGCUGCCCGACCCCGCGGAUUACCGUUUGCCCAAAGCUUCGGCCAAUGCGAUCCCGAUGCCGACGUGCAGAAAAGCGAAGCAGGAGAUCAAUGCCAAACGCGCCGUCGACGAGGUCCCACGAAAGAACGACGAGUUCGGCACUGGGCUUGUCUGGGCCGAAUUCCACACCAGCGAUCCCAUCAGAAACCGCCAGCAGGUCAAGAUUGACUUUGCCAAAGAAAACCAAGUCUGGCACUACCUGGGAAAGACGUCGACAGAAGCCAAGGCUCAGUACACCGAGAACAUCGCCAGGCCUCAGCACAAUCUCAAGAGCAACUUUUUGGACUCGAUUCCCAAACCAGUCUCGGUGGUUCCCGUGUCUUUGCUACCUCAGCAGGUCCGCAGCAGGACAUUCACGGCGGCAUACCCAGGCCAGGUUCCGUUUGCUGGCGGAUUUUCAGCCAUUUCACACCACGGAACACCGCUGGGACCAUUGGCUCCUAAGCAACCAAAGCCAUACAUGUACAAACCUAAGAACUCUAUCGAGCCACUGUCCCAGCCUGUGCAAUUUAUGCCGCACAAGUUUGCACUUAACCCAGCUCCGCCGGCGGCACCUUUCAUGCAGAUGCAGCACCACCAGCUGCAGCAGCAGCAUCAGUACAUCCAGCCACACCAGAUGCAUUACCAGCAGCCCAUCCAACCUGCGCCUGCCCCUGUGCAACGGCAUCCAUUGCCCCCUCCAACUCAACCUCAGCCUCAGCAUACCUUCCAGCAGCAAGUCUUCCAGCUUCAGCCUGCCCCUCCUCCACCUGCUCAGCAGCAGCCGCAACCUCCUCCUCGGCUGCAAGUCAAGCACUACCAGCCGCCCCUGAAGGAAUCCCGGAAGAAGAGUUCGUCGACAUCCUAUUCGUCGGAACGUUUCGCGCCCGUCGGAGGUAGUAAUGGAUUCCCGCAGCUUCCUGGCUUGACCUGGCCCCCCGCUCACAUGAAAUCAGGGCAAUACAAUCAGCCUCCUAGAGACUGGCCUCAAUCUGCGGCAGACAGGCCGCCCAUGACUUUGGCGAUGAAGCCCAAGGGUCCUGGAGAGGGGCAGCCGCAGAUCCAUGCGUACCAAAAGUACGCGUUUUUCCAAGUUCAUCACAACAGGUAUGUCUUGCUUUGUGUUUCCGAUUUUCAUGAUUUAGUCACUAAUAUCUGCCAAAGGGAUCCAGUCAGAUAUCAGACUCCUUAUGGGCCAGGAGGAGGCUUCGUCAACGGCUACGAGCGUAACCAUCGCGCAUUUUUGAUGCAAGCUCAGCAGGCCUUGAACGGAGGCAAGAAGAAAGCGCCAAUGAGGACACUUCCUCCCCUGCAGCAGACCAAGAGCAUCCAACCACAAGCUACCCCAUCGCCUGGACCAGGUGGUCGGCCACAGGGCGGAUACUCAUCUCCAUAUGCGCAGAUUCUGCCCCGCCCCGACACUGCAAGCAGCCAACAGUCGCCAUUCACUUUUGACAACUUAAGAACGGGUUUCUCGCCGUCGCCCGUGUCACCCUACCAGCAGCACCAAGGGUUCUCAGUGCCCACGACACCUGCGAGCUCAUCAACGUACGAGAUGAAGCAGCCAGUAUCAGCUCCACUGCAUCCUGCCAUCAACCCACAGUACGGGACUUCGUUCCAGCAACAACCACCAUCAGGUGGAAAUGACCAAACCAACCAACAGACAUGGUCUGCGAGUUCUCAAGUAUCAACGCCUGUACCUAUCCCCCAGCAGCGACCGAUAAACUCCGCACCUCCGCCCCCUAAGCCAGCUUUUACCAAGCAAAGUCAUAGCCCGAUUCCUCUGCCACCGUAUGUUAGGCAGAUGACAAAUGGCCAAAAGUCAUCACCUCUGAGCAAACCACCGGAGCAGGCGGCGCCUCAGCAGACGAUGCCGAUGCCCCAACCUCAGUACCUGUCGCAUACUCCGUCUGGAAUGUCUACUAUGCAAAGUUACUCAUAUCCUGAGCCUCAGUCUGGACCUGCUCUUGAGAACGGAUGGAGACCAGGUUCUGACCCUAUGGUGAUGGCAACAACCCCAAGCCCAACGACUCAGGCAUCCACGCACUAUCAACAAAUGUCGACUCCAGAGCAACAUCAGCAACAGUCGGCAGACAUGACGUAUCCUCCACCGCCAACACCUGACGGGGAUCCGCAGAAAGAACUUACCAAGAGGAUAAUGCUCAGCCUUAGGCGGGCAAGUCAGCAAAUGGGGCCGCUGAACCUGUAG